GCCUAUGGCGAUACGUAGCAAUAUCAUUCAAUCAUUCAACAAAGGGCUGAUGAGUGGGGGUGACAAUGAGUGUUCUACAGGAAGUUGUUCAACAGCUAGAGAAUAUACUGAAGACCUCCAAUCAGUAUGGCCCCUUCGUCUGCCUUGAUGCUCCUCCACCCGUAAGCAUUCUUUCAUUUGACGCAAACAGUGAUGGCAUCCAGAAGAAGAGAGAGACAUCACAGGAGGUGUUGCAAUGUGACAGCGAUCCCUUGAUAUCUCAGGGUCUUAGCCUUGAUCAACCGAAUGAUGAUGAUGACGUGGUUUUAGUACAAUCAGAUGGAGAAGACUUGAUUGGAUCUUUGCAUAGUGACAGUGGAUUACAUCUGCUUGAUGAGCGUAGCAGUUGCCAUGGAAUUGGAGGGACCGCCCAAAUUGAGGAAGAAAGGAAAGGAGCGAGAGUGGCCUCUGAGAUGCUUGAAAGGCUACCAAAGGUUCUAAACUCACAAGGAAGUGAUAGUAUUGGCAUUGAUUUGUUGCAGCACGAAACACUUACCUUACAAGUUCAGGAAGGUGGGACGGUUACGGCAGAUAGCCCUGUACCUUCAACAUGUUCAGUGAAUCCUCUGAGUACAAUUGAACAGCUUUCAUUGAAUGAUCCUUUAUUAGAGAUAUGCAGUGAAAGCAAUGGAGGAAUUGCCAAAGUUAGAAUAGAUGGUGACGAUGGGAAAGGAAAAGUGGAUUCCGGAGUUGCAACAGUUCAGCCUCCCAAAAGGAAAGGAGGAAGACGUAAAAGGGCAGUGGAUCCAAGAAGUAUUGUGCCAAAAUUAAAACGACCUGUAGGAAGACCAAGAAAACCCAUCGACCCAAGCACGGUUCCAAAAAUUAAGCGACCAAGAGGAAGACCAAGAAAAUGUCCUGCUGCUAAUGUAACUAUAGAUGCUGUGUCGGUUCCUACUGAAGCAAGUGAUCAUCGAUCCACCCUUUCAAAGGGUCAAGAAUCAUCGGGCAAAGAUGUGUUUACCAAAGAUUCCGCACAUACAGAGGAAGUCAGUCUAGUAAGGCAGAGUUACGAGAUGCAGCAUGAAUUUCAGAAUCACGUAGAUGGAUCUACAAGUGCAACGCCUACAGAUUCUUUGUCAAACAAAGACUGUAAUGCUCCCAUUCCAACAGGAUAUAUACGAACAGACACUCCUCUUACAAUGCCUAGGAAAGAGCUGAACUUGGAAACAAAUGUAUCUGAUGUGUUGAAUAAUCACAAUGGAAUCAUGUUGAGUUUCCAUCUUGGAGGAGAGAAGGAAGAAGUAAAAACAGCCCCUGCAAUUUUCUCUGUUCUAGGUUUACAGGAAUGUGAUAGAAGUAGCAUUGGUAAUGUUUUGAAUCAAGGAGCACCUGCAGUACAAGUCCAAGGGCAGGAAGUGGAAAAAGUCACUGAAGAUAGCACUAUUCCAUUUACAGGUGAAGUGAACUUUCACAAUAUAAUAGAACAACUUUCUUCAACAGAUGUGCCAGAUAAGUUGCAUAAUUACCAUGAUAUGGGAGGUAUCUGUUCUGCAGCAGAGAAAGAUACACCAGGUACAGCUUUUGAAAAUGGUGAAAUACACUCUCCAAGGACAAGAGAACAGCCCGCAGCUGACACCUUACUUCAGAAUAGCAGUGAAAGCAGUCUGCAAGCUGAAAAGGAUAAAGUAGAAGAAAGAAACUUGGAAGGAAAGGAAAUGAAUGGAGACAAAGCGUUCCAACCCACCAAGAGGAAAAGAGGAAGACCUGAAAGGCCAGUGGAUCCAAGAAGUAUUGUGCCAAAAAUAAAACGACCUGUAGGAAGGCCAAGAAGUAUUGUGCCAAAAAUAAAACGACCUGUAGGAAGGCCAAGAAGUAUUGGGCCAAAAAUAAAACGACCUGUUGGAAGAUCAAGAAAAAAACCUGCAACAAAUGUGGAAAAAGAUGGUGUCUCAGCUCCUAUGGAUCAAAUGGGUGACUGUUGCACUCUUCCAUGUGCCAUUGGAAUUCAGAAUUCAAACAGAGACUCAAAUAUACAAAAGGAUGUUUUAGAUGACUGUCUCAUCAAUCCUACAUGUACUGUGUCAACAAAUGGAGACACAGAAAAAAGACAGGAGUCCAGCUACGGGGGUCCAAUUAGUCACUCUUUCUCCAAAGUCAACAAUAAUGAAAUACUAGAGAAUGAAACUUAUGAAGGAAAGCAAGAAAGACGGGAACAGAAUGACUCAUCUCUUUGGGAGAAAGAGACUACUGCAGUCAAGAGUGCUAAGAGGACUGCCGUAAGUGAACAGAAAGUACCCAAACUCAGGCUCCGCAGGAAGACGGCUCCUAAGAUGAGAGAGGAAGUCUUUGAUCCUCCUGGAUGUCUCAGGACCAGACAAAGUUCAUCACCAGGUAGCAGGUCACCAGUCAGUGGCCGAUAUCUCAAGCAAAAGAUUGACAAGGUUGGCACCUUGAUUCCAUCAUCACCUCCCGCACCAGGUCCCAUCACAACAGAUACUAGUAUGACAUUGUUGAACACAUCCAAAACUACCUAUGAAGUUAGCAACUCUCUUGAGAGAGAUGAUACAUCAGGAAAUGAUCACUCAGACUUACCAAAUGAAAUUGAACUUAAUGGCAAAGUACCUAACAUAGUCCAGGAUCAACCAUGCCCUGCAGUGACAGGAUCAGAAGUAGAAAUGGUCAAUCACCCACCUAAUCAUCAGUCACAGACACAAGAGACACUGCCAAAAGAUGAACUUAAUGGCAAAGUACCUAAUGGAGUUCAGGAUCAACUAUGCCCUGCAGUGACAGGAUCAGAAGUAGAAAUGGUCAAUCAUCCACCUAAUCAUCAGUCACAGACACAAGAGACACUGCCAAAAGAUGUCCUUUCUGUAAAGCGUUCAAGAGGCCGACCUAGGCAGUGCCCCGAUCAUCAUGAGAAGUUACCCAAUGUGUGCCCUGCCAGUGCGAUAGGAAGUGCUGCCAAUGAGGAUACCUCAACAAAAGAUGAGAGUAAGAAAACAUGUAUAUCUAAGGACACUUGUGAGACCACUAAAAAGAGAGGCAGAGGAAGACCGAGGAAGAAGAGACCUGCUGGAGAGGCAGUACAUUAUGUUGAGAUGAAAAACAGAGCUCCACCCGACAAUCGCCCUUCAUCUAUCCUAGAUGAUCAAGUUCAUGAAAAUACUGACACCAGAUUGGGUCUGAAGCCCAAUGUCACCAACAGUUUGGAUGACUCAAAAUUAUUGAAAACCAGUUUUCCAAGUGCUUUGAAUGGACUGGCUCUUGGCCGAUUGUCAGGAAAGGACAUGCAGGAAGGUUCGAGCCACGAAACAGAAGUGAUGGAAAUGGAGAGUAAAUCAGCAUUGAGAAUACCUCGGAAACCUGUGACAGUUCAAAGGGUCAUUCCAAUUGUGUGUUCAAGUGAAACUGAAAUGAAUUACUCUAAAAUGUUCAAGCAGAAAAGAAAUCAAGUUACUGCGCUUACACAUUCUAGAAGAAUUACCUCAGAUGCAGAGAGUUGUUCCGAAGGUUUGCCACUACAGCAGGACCAGCAUAGGUCAAUGCUGCUGCAAAAUGGAUGUACGAAAAAAUCAUCAGUUCGAAUCAAGAAGUUACCCAAGACAUUGAUUACUGGAUCUCUUAAUCUUGAUGACCCUAGCAGACUCGCACAACUCUUCCAACAUCCUGAAAAACAUGCCCUAAACAUGGAAAAGAAAGGCAAAGAUAUUGGGACCCACUCCAUGUCUUGGAAUACUCAUCACUUAUCAGCUGUGAAAUCAACAACGCCUUUGAGCUCAGGUGGGCGGGUGAUCACACCCUAUGCUCAAGGUCAUUUCCAGUCUUGCCUGCCUACCUCUCCUCAAAGGACUAUCAAGUUGAACUAUGGUGACCAGAAUGCUCAAUCUAUGCAGGCAAGUGUAGGAAAUGAAAAAUGCCUCCCUCCUCCCAAAAAAGUCAUGAAAUAUCUACCCAUACCGAAUUCUGUGAAAACAGAAAAGGGCAAAACCCUGAUCCUGGAUAGAAUAAAAAAGAAUGCUGCAAUGUUGCGAGGGAAUUGCUUCCAGAACAAAGAAAUCCAAAAGAAAUUCAAAGCAAGACAAGCUUCUUUGAUAGCCAAAGCCAAAUCCAACUACGUGAAGAGAGGAAGAGGCAGACCACCCAAGAAGCUUGUUUCAUUCGGUAACAGUGUAAAUCAGAAGAUCGAUGAAUAUCAGCCUAGGGGGCCUCUUUUAAUCAGCAAACAUUUGUUCAGGUCCAAACAAAAAGCUGUAAAGGAUUUCACCUUGAGCCAAAACCAGUUGAACAGUGCUCUUGCUCCUGAGAAAUGUGUUCAAAAGAGAAGGGGAAGACUGCCUGUGAAGCAUGAUGAGUCCUCUAAAAGCAUACCAAAUGUAGCAGGACCAGUGGGAACAGAUGGUCGUGGAGAACUUAGGAAGAAGCUUGGAAGACUGUUUGAAAAGUCUAUUGCAUCGCACAAUAACAGAAACAAGAAGGAGAUUCCAAACGCAGCAAGUGUUACGAUACGAAGAAAAGUAGGAAGGCCCAGAAAGAACCCUAGCCCAUCUGUAGUACAUGUCCCCCUGAAGAAUUGUACAUCGGUCAAUGAUGUAAGAAGGAAACCAGGAAGACCCCGCAAAAAUCCUAGGCCAGCCGAUGCUGUUGAACCAGAAAAGAAAACAGGAGAUGCUCCGGGAUGCAGUGAAGUUGAAAGACCAAUUGGAAGACCAAUGGGGAGUUCCACAUGUGGUGAGAACAGCCAGCCAGUGAAGAGGAAAGUGGGGAGACCAAGGAAAAAGCCAGUAAUAGAGUAUAUUAAUGCAUCUCCAUUUGAAAGCCUGCAUUCUCAAUCUCCAGUCAAAGCCAUGGCAAGAAAGAGAGGCCGGCCAAGGAAACGUCCAUGUGAGGAGACUCGUCCCAAGUAUCCAUCUGUACCACUCCCUAUAACAGAUAAUUUCUUGAUUAGAGGACUUGGCUUCCAACCUUCAACCUUUGAUGGAUUUAUAGAAACCCCAUCUUGUGAUUUUUCUAUGCCCAUUGAAGAAGCUGUGGAGACCUUGGAGGAGAUGCCUCUUCCUGAAGCUGCACUUACCAAGAGUGAUGGAGAGAGUACACAAGCAGAUACCGACAUUGUACCAGGUUGCUCGGUUGGUGCAGUGGAACAAUCUUUCGUCAUUGAGCAGUCUGAAAUAGACUUCAUGAACAAUGGUCAAUGGAUACUACAACAGCCUACUAAAGACACAGAACUUCCUGAACGUUCCUGCUGCAUAAGCGUAACUACCGGACCUGUAUUGCCACCUCCCCCAUCCUUGAACAUUGAGUUGGAUGACACCUCACUGCCAGAUACUGAUGAAGCAAUCAAUAUUCCUGCCAGAGAUGUACUUGAUUCAUGUGUAAGCCAACCAGAGGAAGAAAUCAGAGUUCCAGAUAUACAAGAAUUACUGGCAGAAACAGCACCAAUUGUGAUCAUUGACUGAAGAUUUGUACAAUACAAGCGUGAGUACAGACCAAGUUGAGAUGGUGUAGACAGUUUUUGCUGCCACCAGUUUGCUGAAGAAUUACUGUAAAUAAUUAAGAAAAAAUGUGG